ACAAUCACUGUCAAGUGUCAUCCAUCUAAAAAUUAAAAAAUGGAAAUGCACUAGAUAAUCUAUAAAUUUAAUUAAUACAAUGGCUACAAGAAAAGCUAUCCAAGUUGGUUCUAAAACUGUUAGGCCGGUGCUUUCUUUGGAUAAUGCAGAAGCGAAAUCUAGAGUACUUAGCUUAUACAAAGCUUGGUAUCGUCAAAUACCAUACAUAGUUAGAGAUUAUGACAUCCCAAAAUCUGAAGAAAACUGCAGAGCUAAACUGAAGGAGUUGUUUAUGCAAAAUAAGGAUGUUACUGAUGUGAGGGUUAUUGAUAUGCUCGUAAUCAAGGGUCAAAUGGAGCUAAAAGAGACAGUACAUAUUUGGAAACAGAAAGGUCAUAUAAUGACUUACUUCAAGCCAACCAUUGAAGCAAAGCCAAAAGACUUCUUAUCCAAGUUCUUUUCAGGACAAGAAUAGAAAUCUUAAACUGUUCUAUAUCUAUAAGUGUAACUGUAAUAAAAUAUAGGCAAUCAUGUAUAGAUAA